AUGGUUCAAGUUGGAGACAAAAUACCUAGCAUUGACUUGGAUGAAAAUUCACCUUCAAAACAAGUAGACCUUAGCAAGGAGCUAGCGAAGGGAAAGGGGCUUAUCAUUGGAGUACCAGCUGCUUUUAGUCCAACGUGUUCCGAUACUCACAUCCCCAACUACAUCGGACAUCCCUCUCUGUCCAAGGCUGGAAGCGUAUUUGUUGUGUCAGUUAACGAUGCUUUCGUAAUGAACGCUUGGGGAAAAAGUCUCGAUAAGGAAAAGUCAUCGGGUAUACGAUUCCUCGGGGAUAAAGCCGCCGCCUUUAGCAAAGCUCUAGCUGUCGAGUUCGAUGCGACUCCUGUCCUGGGAGGCAUCAGAAGUAAGCGAUAUGCUAUAACCACGGAGGAUGGAACAGUCACGGGGGUCUUCGUCGAGCCUGAUAACACGGGAUUGGACGUGAGUGCAGCAGAAAAAAUACUGGCAUAA